AUGGCGCCCCCAUCGAACCCCCGCAGCGUCUCGGACGCGACACGCUUCACCCCGACGACUCCCCAUGCCAGCUCUAAGUCCGCGGAUCCCCGGCUCAACGCCUCCAAGAGCUCGCCAAAGGAGCCCAAGGGCACUCCCAGAUUCGUCGAGACACCAGAGCAAAGGGUUGCGCGGUUAAGAGCUGCGCACUUGAAGGCGAAGCAGGCGCAGGUUUCGAGGAUGGACCGGAUCAUCAACGGCAGCAGACGCUUCUUUGACUCUGCGCACAAGGUCACCGUCUUGGGAUUGAUUGGUUUCACAGUGAUGGCCGGCCUGGUAACCGCCUACACCGCUGCCGACAUGAUCAUGUACAACAAGAAGCGCAAGGCCGAGUUCAUCGAGGCGCAGAAGAAGAUGGAGGCCGACUCGCUCGAGGCCGCCCGCCUGGCCUACAUCACCGGCAAGGCGACCGAGGAGCAGACCGCGCUGGUGGAGGAGUACCUCGGAGCUAGGAGCGCGAGGCCGGCCGUCGAAGCCUCCGAUCUUCUCCAAGUUCCCCAGCGUCAUUGGCGCCCCGACUCCCAUCGCGAACGAGACGACAGAGCAGCAGCAGACGACAACGAGCGUAUCAGAGGCCGCGACUUGGCCCUCGGCGGCGGCGACAACACCGAAGGAGACGACCGAGGAGCAACCUGCAGCUGCCACAGAGAAGUCGGGACUUUGGGGGUGGCUUACCGGCUCGCUGAAGAAGGAGGAUGUUGCCGCGGGUGCGGGACAGGCCCCCACGUUGGUCGGUGCUGUGAAGCAGGAGACGAGCGUCAUCAAGGAGAAGGCGCUAGAGGCGUUCGAGAAGGAGAAGGAAAACCAGAGGAAGGGUGGCCCCCUUGA